GGAAAAAUGUGUACACCAAUUGUGUCAAAACUGUAUACGGAGCAGCUGCUCACCUGCCCGUACAACCGUUCGCACAGAAUACUGCGUUUCAGAAUGCCUCUGCACUUAGUUAAGUGUGGAAGGCAGUACGAAAAAGAAAACCCGCACCACGACAUGAAAAACUGCAUUUACAAUUUCAAUCAUGUUGUCCCGGAGAAGAAGUUGAAUUAUCACAUGGCGGAGAAAUGUGAAGAUAGGAUAAAGGGUGACAGAGUAAAUUAUCAAAACCAUGAAGACGCAAGCCAAAUACGGGUCAGUGAUAUCCCAGACAUUGAAUGUGACGAGUACUGGAACUUACCUACGACUGCGAGGUCCAUCAAUGCUGAUAUAAAAACAAGAUUAAAUGACAGAAAAGUCAUAAUUCCAAUACAUGUAGCGACUAAAUCGGAGCGCAAAGCACAUUACAUGAAGGAGCGAGAACGCUUUAACUUAUUGGAAGAAGACGAUUCCUCCCUUCCCAAGUUUUCUGCUCCUAAUCUUCAUAUUCUGGAUACUAUGUUAGAGUCGGAGAUCAACGCCGGCCGUGAUGUCUAUGGAGGAGAACCAGGCCCAUCCACCUGUCCGCCACCAAAAUAUCAAAUGGAAACAAAUCCAGAGCCUGCGGCGAAUUCCUUUUUCAUUCCUGUCGGGGAUAUACCCCAGAUCGAAUGUGAUGAUGACUGGAAAUGA